AUGUCCAUCAUUGAAAAGCUAGAAGAAACAUCGGCUUCAGGUUCCAUCACGACGUUGUUUCGUUUGGGCUCCGUAAACGCUAUUUCCUCUAUUCCAACUGAACUUCCUUUUCACUCUCCUCAGGUUGCGGGUCUUGGCUGUUGUCCGGAUGCGUGGCGUGGUACACUGGCCAAGGUCACAGUCUCUUUUCCGUCACAUCCUGAUGGUGAUCCAUCCCUCUGUACUACAUCUAUCACCGUGAUCCUAGGACUUUGCGGUGUAGACUCGGAUGAUAAUCAUCCGCUGAUCGCUGGCACUUGUUCCGCUCAGAAGCUUGGAAAUGCCCUCGUCUCGCUGAAGGUCACCUUAACCAAUACACUGACAUGCAAUCCAUUUGAUGUACCUGCACCUGUCGGGUUUGUACCAGACGCACCUGCCAGCGCUGAAUCGCCCGGGGUGCCUCAGGCCUGUUCUGCCCUUCGUGCCCUCGAGCAAUCGCUCAAGACGGGAACAUCAUUUGACAUAGUAUUUCAAGCUUAUACUCGUCAUUUGUCCCUCGGCAAGGUCACUAGACCAAUUCCGAUUUAUGCGAGCACCGCUGUGCUGCAAACAACUUUGCCGGAAUUUUCCGGAGGAGACCUUGAUUUGUCCUCCUUCUUUGAACUGUCUGAAGGCGACACUCUCCCUUUUACUUCUCUGGAGAGUUAUGGAUACGAUUCUGACAGUGACCUGGAUGACGAUGACUUGGUCAAGAAUAACAACAGUCCUACACCAGCAGACAAUGAAUCACACGAGGACACGACUGAUACUGGUUCAAUCUCGUCUUUUUCUAGCAUUGAAGCUGGACUUCAAGAGCAGCUAGGCAAUCGGGCUUUGCUUUUGGAAGACAUUGGGAUGGUACCAGCUGUGAACGGCGAGAACUUGAAACGUGGACCUCGGGUCAUCCUUGUAAAGGGUGUUGCCUGGAAGACGUGGCACGCCUUUAUUUAUUAUUGUUACACCGGCAUCGUCAACUUUGCAAACUUACGGUCUCAAAGGACGCCUGAUGAGCAGAGUCGCUUAGAAGAUAGUCCACCACAUUGCUCUCCAAAGUCCAUGUAUCAACUAGCUAUGAAGCUCAACAAUGAACCAUUAUCUCAACUUGCAUUAAAGGCCAUUGAGACUAGGUUGUCCGCGGCCAACAUACUUGAUGAGGCAUUCUUCAAAUUUACUUCCAGGCAUGACGCCGUCAGAGUAAUGGAAACUGCCCUCCUGCUGAAAUAUAGGAAUGCGUCAGGAGUUCUGCAGGGUCUCCCAGCUAAGAUGGAAGCUGUGGCCAGGGGCAAUAUACCCAAUGCUGGACAGGUUCUCACUGCGUUAAUUAUGCAGAUACCUGGCCAGAAUUAGACCCGAUGGCGUCACUGACCACUGUUAGGUAUCGAUUGUCGUUGGGUAUGUUAAUGUGCAUUACGCGGACGUGUGGGCACGAUCUUUACAUUGUAUUACCAACUUACUAUCACGCUAUGGCCUGCUUGACGAGUAUU